AUCGUUAAAUUUCUGCUAGUUCCGAGUUUCUCACAUUUCACUCUCUACCACCACCGGUUACUCUUAAAUAGGGUUUCUCCGUUGCGCGCGCCACCGCAAUUCUCCGGCGACUUUGCCGUCGUUUCGAUUUCGUUCUAUACACAGUCAGGUAUUGCCCCAGAGCAUUUGGGGAAGUGGGAAUGGCAUCUUCUGAUGAUGAAGCUGAAGCAGUCCCAAGUACUGUCUCUAACUAUGAAUUUGUGGAUGACAAGGAUGAACCUGUUUCAUUUGCGGAGCUAACAUUUCAGUGGAAUGACACUGAGAGUUUGGAUGGGAAUAAAAGACAUAUUUUCUUGCGUGGGACUGCGGAUAAUGGUCUUCAGAAGAUUUAUAAGCAAGUCACAACAUGGAAGAUUGAUUCUUCACGUAUAGAGCCAGCAAUUUCAGUUUUGUCUAAAGAGAAUGAUUGGAUCAAACUUGAAAAACCAAGGAAGGCUUUCCAGGAUACCAUUAGGUCAAUCUUGAUCACUGUGCAUUCGUUACACUUCCUGAAAAGAAAUCCAGAAUCUUCUGGCAGAGCUUUGUGGGAUCAUUUAUCUAAAGUUUUCAGUGUGUAUGAGCCCAGGCCUUCAGAGAAUGAUCUAGUGGAUCACAUGAAUUUUAUCAAUGAAAUUGUUAAGCGUGAUGGAAAAUUGGCACAAUCCAAGGUUUUACUUACAUUUAUGGAGGAGAAGCCUAAGAAGAAGAAAAUCUUUGACGAGGUUGGAUUAAUAUCUGAGUUUAUAGUCGAUGAGAUCAUAAAUGACGAUGAAGAAGAAGAAGAUGACGAGUCUGAUUACAAUCACUUCGAAUCUCUCUGCGCAAUAUGUGACGAUGGUGGUGAACUUCUUUGCUGUGAUGGAAAGUGCUUGAGGUCAUUUCAUGCUACUGUGGAUGAUGGUGCUGAAUCUCAGUGUAAAUCUCUUGGUUUUACAAAAGCUCAAGUUAAGGCAAUGAAAUAUCAAGAAUUCUAUUGUAAGAAUUGUGAAUAUCAGCAGCACCAGUGCUAUGCUUGUGGGAAGUUGGGAUCUUCUGAUCAAUCAUCUAAUGCGGAGGUCUUCCGUUGCGUUAAUGCGACUUGCGGUCAUUUUUACCAUCCACAUUGUGUUGCCAGACUGCUUCAUCCUGAUGCUCAGUCCAAGGUUGAUGAACUUAAAAAGAAGAUUGCUGCUGGUGAAUCUUUUGCUUGUCCUCUGCAUCAUUGUUGCGUCUGUAAACAAAGAGAAGAUAAAGAUAAACCUGAGCUACAGUUUGCCAUGUGUAGACGGUGUCCAACAUCCUAUCACCGGAAAUGCUUGCCUAAGGAAAUUGUUUUUGAUAAGAGCAAAAAUGAAGAAGUAAGUGAUGAUGAUGAUGAGGAGGAGGAUGAUGUCUUGCCAAGGGCGUGGGAUGGUCUUAUAAAAAAUCGAAUUUUGAUCUAUUGUUUAAAACACGAGAUGGAUGAAGAACUGGCUACACCUUCAAGAGAUCACAUCAAAUUUCCGGGAGAUCGUAAGAGGGAGAAACAAACAUCGGAGCAAUUAAGAAAAUUUAAAGGUAUGCCUGCAGAAGUGACUAAUGGCGAGAGAGUGAUUGCUAAAAAAGCAGAAACUGUUGAAAAAUUAUCCAAAGCAGUGAAGGUUGAUUUUUCCAGAAAGAGAGAGGGACCGUCUCUUCCUGAUUCUUCCAAAAAACAAAAAAUUAUUGAUGUCACUAGAAAGAGUUUGAACAAGAGUUCGUCUGCAAAGCUCAACAAAGCUACCAAAAGUGAAGGUAAAACCUCUUUGGGUGAUAAGUUAUAUGCACUCGUUAGUAGGGAAUCACAACCCAGUGAGUCUGGUGAAGAGGGGAAAGCCAAGAUCGUGAAGUCUGACAAAAGGGAGAAAAACAGUUCACAGACUUUAGAUGCUGCAUCAAAGAGCAGAAUAUUGGCCAUGAUUAAAGACGUUAAAUCCUCCAUAACUAUGGAGAAAAUAGUGAAGCAGAAAGUACCCACAACACACACAUACUCGUCAAAAUUUGACAAGUCUAUUACCUUGGGGAAAGUUGAGGGUUCCGUUGAGGCUAUUCGUGCAGCUUUACAAAUAUUAGAUGGAGGGGGCAAAGUCGAAGAUGCAAGAGCUGUCUGUGAGCCUGGGCUUCUUGCUCAGAUAAUGAAGUGGAGGAUCGUCGAUAUGCUUCAUUGGUAUGUUCGAGAUGGUGAUAUGAUUGUGGACUUCUGUUGCGGCUCCAACGAUUUUAGUUGCCUCAUGAAAAAGAAGCUGGAUGGAAUUGGGAAGGGUUGCUUGUAUAAGAAUUAUGAUUUAUUCUCACCAAAGAAUGAUUUUAAUUUUGAGAAGAGGGACUGGAUGACUGUCAAAUCAGACGAAUUGCCUGAAGGAUCGAAGUUGAUCAUGGGGCUGAACCCUCCUUUUGGGGUCAAUGCUGCUCUUGCUAACAAAUUUAUUAACAAAGCACUUGAGUUUAAGCCAAAGCUUCUUAUCCUCAUUGUUCCAAAAGAGACGGAACGGUUAGAUGUAAAGAGGUCUCCAUAUGAUCUAAUUUGGGAGGAUGAUACGUUGCUUGGUGGGAAGUCAUUUUAUUUGCCUGGGUCUGUUGAUCAAAAUGACAAACAAAUGGACAACUGGAAUGUGAGUGCACCACCGCUUUAUCUUUGGAGUCGCACUGAUUGGACAACCAUCCAUAAAGUAAUUGCUCAACAGCAUGGCCACCCGUCCAAUAUAAAAUUAGAAGAAAAUUGCUCCCACACAACUGCCCAUCGUUCACUGAAACAUGAAGAAGAUGUGUCGACAAGGAUCAAUAAUGACACUGGUUUCGAGGAUAUGAAGCAACAUCAGCAACAAGAAUACAAGGAGAGAUCACGGAAUAACAGUGGAAAAGAAGUUAGUGAUAAACGGAUCCAUGGGAAGAAAAACUCUGAUGAGAAGUCAAUGCAUGGGAGUGAGGAUAUAAUCAAGAGUAAAUCUGAUAAGAAGUCAAUGAGAGAGAGUCAGGAUAGAAGCAAAUAUCAAAGAGUUUUGGAUGAAAAAUCAAGACAGGAUAAGUCCACAGCGAAACGUAAGAGAGAGUUGGAUGAAAAAGCAACAGAUGACAAGUCUAUAGGGAAAAGAUCUCUGUCUUCCUCCCCCAACAUGACCUAUCAUAAGUCGCUUGAUCGCACAAUAUCGUCUUCAGAUGAGAAUGAACACUAUCAGCGUUUUGCAGGUCAAAGUGCUGCUGCUUCACUGAGAGAGCAAGAGACAGGGUAUGGGGUACAUCAGGAUAGGGAUUUUGAAAGAAGGCACAUCUUACGAACUGAAGAGCCUUAUUCAGGUUUAACUCACCAAUAUCCUCAGUCUGCUAGUUCUGGUCCUGAAUAUAUGGGGCACAGGGUACAUCAGGACGGUGACGUGGCAAGAAGGAAUGGCUUGCCAAUGCAGGAGCCUUAUUCGAGCUUAAAUCACCAGUAUUCUCAGUCUUCUAGUCCUGGUCGUGAGUAUGCAUUCAGGUCUUCAGAUGAAAGAUUUGUGGGCUACCAGAGAGAUCAUGCAGAUAUACCUGGUUAUAGACCAUACACCAGUCACUCAAAUGGCGGGAUGUAUGCAAGGGAGUCAGAUGUCCGACCACAGGGUAACCUUUAUGGGCAGCUGGGUGAUGGGUAUUUGCCUCCCAGAAGUCACUAUGUAGCAGGUGCUGGCCCUGGAUACCGUCCGAGUCCAACUGAUCCAACAUAUGGAGUGAUCAAUACGCCUGUGCAACAGUACGCUCCACAGGAUGAGUUAUAUCCUGGUAGGAUGAGUAGCAUGGGAUCUGAAGGCAGAAGAGACAUCUACGGUGGUGGAAUUGCUCGACCUGGGUUUCAAGGUAACUCAUUGGGCUUUGCUCCAAGGCCUUACCAGCCCUAUUCACAGCAGAAUUCGUCAGGGUGGCUUAAUGAGUAGGAUAGGCAGUGGCUCUGGUUGGUUUGCGGAGUGUUGAAGAUGUAUCCUAUUUAUGUUUUCACAGUUUCCGCUUAUUUCAUCCUUUAUCCGACUUCCUUUUUUUUCCCGCAUUUGUUUUCAAUCAGUAGUACUAAGAAAUGAAGGCAUUAUAUGUGUAAAGUAAAAGGUAGAAAUGCACAGGAAAUUAUGCUCAUACUUCCUCUAGGGGUUUCUUGUUAUGUAAAUUUAUUUUGUUCCUUAGUGCACCUUCACUUGAACCACUUCCUUAAGUGGUGAAAAUGAAGACAUUGUGUUCGGCUUUGAAGUGGAUAAACUUGGGUGAACUUUUGCUUUCAAUUUGAAUAUCAUAAUUCUUAGUAAUCUUGGAAUUUAGCAUCGA